AAUAAAAGGCGUUUCAAUUAAAGAGUGGGUGAAAAAAAUUGCAUCCAAAGAGACAUCUCCGACUUCUCAAUUUGUUGCAUUUUGUUCAAAACCCAACUUAUUCAGAGAGACUCCGACACAGAGAAGAGCAUGGCGAGGCUGAGAGAGUUGAGAAAGGGUUUCAAAGCUAUUCAAGAUUCUGAACUUCUCAACCUCUUCAAAUCCGAAAUCAACUUCGAACUUUCUUCUAAUCACUUUCAGAAAGCUCAAAUUGGUUCUUUAGGUGAAUUUGUGGUGGACUCUGAUUUACCACAUUCCAAAGAUGUGAUUUUGAGAAGAAAAUGUGAUUCGGGUGAGGAAGUUGCUCUUUCAGCUAUAUUGGGUCCUCCUAACUAUGAAAAUGAUCUUAUUUUUGUAAGAGAUGUUUUCAUUAAAGUAUGUAUAAAAAAGCCAGAUUUGUCCUCUAUCUUGCAAUUUGACUGUAGAACUUAUCAAGAGACUGAUAAAACCUCUCAAUUUGAAAUCAACAAUGCUUACUAUCUUAGAUCACCUGCGUCUCUUAACUCGUCCAUUUACAGAGGCCCCUUAUUCAGUGAAUUGGAUUUUAAGUUGCAAAAAGCAUUCAAGGAAUACCUGAUAACCAAGGGCAUUGGAGGAAGCUUAACCAAUUUCCUUCUCCACUACCUACACACAAGAGAGCAAAAGCAAUACGUGAACUGGUUGAAAACAGGUGAAGCAUUCCUGUCAAAAAACGAGUCAUUGAACCAACUUUCAUAGAUGCGUUCUGCAUAGUUAUGCAGAGUUGCAUUAUAGUUAGUGUUAGUACAUGUCUCAAGUGUAGGAAAGUGAAUUACGUGUUCCAUUUUUACGAAUUUUUGUAUUCAAUAAUUUAAGAGUUAGAAUUAUGCCGAGGUUGUCAAACUUAUAAUACAGUCAAUUUUUAUGAAUAUGAAAAGUUUGAAAUAUCAGCUAUUUUAUCAGAAAUCAGUAGAACCUUACCUCAUGAAAUGAUAAGAUGCACAUUGUCUCUUGCAUUUUAUAUUUCUAACUUGAUAUUCGAACAUCACAGGGCUUUGGAGCUUCAUUGAGUGAAUCAAUGAGCAAUAAUAAUAAGAAGUGGAUGAAUUGAAUUUUAUCUUUUUCAUUUUGCUUUGUUAUGUAUGUUAAAUUGAUUAAAAUGGGGAAGCCCUUUUUGUUUUGUUUUGUUUUGUAGACAUUACCUCAAAAACAUCCUACACCUAAACUAUCAUCCAUUCCAUCUCCUCAUAGCUAGUAUUCUUAAUAUGAGACUUCUGAAAAAAAUAUACUAAAGAGUUGUUGAAGGUCAAAAUCACCUACUGUGCAUCUCUUGUGCCAUCAAAAAGUGAAAAUCAACAUUGUUGACACUGAUUAAAAUGAGCGAAAGAUUAACAAUGAAAGCACAAAUUGACAUGAUGAUUUCCUCAUAAGUCAUAACAAUGAAAUUAAGGUUUAUAUAAUAAAAUGAGAAAGAACACUAUAAAACUAUUUAAGCAAAUUAAAAAAAUACAUUUUUUAGUUGAGUUCCAAUGAAAUUGGUUGAGUUUCUUACCCAUAGGCAUAGCAUCACAAUCCAGUGGUAUAUGGUUAGAGAUUUUCUGCAUUUUGCACACAACUCACGAUAUGAUACGAUACGAAAGUGUGGUGGCGAGAUAGCAUAAUAGUAAGGUGAAAUGCUAGCAUUAAAACAAUAAAGGGGAUUAUGCAGAGGAGU